ACGGUGCCGCCGGCCACGUGCGCCAUCCACGAAAUAAUAUUAUGAUGUUAAGUUGUAUAUUUAUCUUAACUUUAACAAUUAUAAGUGUUCAAUCACAAAGAGUGGCGCCAUCUAGUGGGCGACAUGUCUACCCAAACACCGACGCGCUUGCUGCGACAGAACCAUCUAUACCAAAGAAAGCGGAAGCCGCUGUACCAAAUACUAUUCUGCCAGUCAUACCAUUUAUAACCGAAUUGCCAACGUGUCCAGAUCUGUGCUUUGAUGAUAUUUUAAAGUCACCUUUGGGUUGUUUAGAUCCAAUUUUAGAUGUGUAUGGCAAAACAACAGCUAUGCCGGGCACGGACAUGCCCGGGGGCCCGCCGAUAGCAUCGCGAGUUGCACGUCUAGCUCUUUCGUCCACUCUGCCGGGCUGCGAUUGUAGGAAUCACUUUUUGGACAGACUGUCGAUACCGCCCCCAUUUAUUUAAUCUAAUUUAUUGUUAAUUUAUAACGUUAAUUUAAUACUAAUAUAAAUAUUUUAUUACAUCAA